AUUACCUCAUCGGCGUGAAACGCCAGGGGGAGGUGUACCUUGCUAGUGACGUCAUGUCACCAAGGUAUUCACACCCCGUUCAACGCGCCAUUGAGCGUGACGUCGCCUCUGCCUGGGUCACUUCCGUUAUCUGUUCAAGAACUAUCCUUAUUUGGGCAAAGCAACACCCAGUGACUGGCGGCUCAUUAACAUAAUAUAUUCGUGAAAGCCGUCUCGAGUUCGUUGUGACCGGUUCGGCAUCCACGCCCCAUCCCUCCACGUUUGGGCCAGGCUCAUUAACAUAAUUUAUUAAGUUACAGAGCCGCUCAUUGUGGGAGGAGAGUGUCUUGUACCACGCAAGUGACGUCAUGUCACCUGCUACCGCGUGACGUCACGAGGUAACGUAAAGUUGCCGCUCCGUGCGGGAACUGAAAUCCGAGGCCACGCCCGCUUGAGCUGCUGUACCGCUCUUGUUUUCAGAAGAGACCUGCCCACAACAACAAUAACAACAAGCUGUCGCUUCCUCUGCAGAAUUGGUCUGAUGGAGCAAAGACACUCGGCGCGGCUUAGUGCAAAAAGGCAACAAUGCGACCGGUGUACAUACAGCACGGAUCAUCCUGAACAUUUUACACAGCACCAGAGAACUCACACAGGAGAGAAACCCUUCAAGUGCAGUGUGUGUGGGAAGGCGUUUGCACAUUCAUCUGCUCUUGUAGAACACCACAGAACACACACGCGAGAGAAACCCUUCAAGUGCAGUGUGUGUGGGAAGGCGUUUGCAUGUUCAUCAGAUCGUCAUUUACACCGGAGAACACACACGGGAGAGAAACCCUUCAAGUGCAGUGUGUGUGGGAAGGCGUUUGCACGUUCAUCUGAUCUUAAAAAACACCAGAGAACACACACGGGAGAAAAACCUUUCAAGUGCAGAGUGUGUGGGGAGGUGUUUGCACAGUCAUCACAUCUUCAUGUACACCAGAGAACACACACGGGAGAGAAACCCUUCAAGUGCAGUGUGUGUGGGAAGGCGUUUGCACUUUCAUCUACUCUUGUAAAACACCAGAGAACACACACGGGAGAGAAACCCUUUAAGUGCAGUGUGUGUGGGAAAGCGUUUGCACGUUCAUCUGCUCUUGUAACACACCAGAGGACACACACGGGAGAGAAACCCUUCAGGUGCACUCUGUGCGGGAUAGCGUUUGCACAGUCAGCACAUCUUCAAAGACACCAGAGAACACACAAGCAUCAGAAUAUCCACCAGGAGUGGAGUCUGAAAUCAGCUUAUGAAAGUCAAAGUUCCGCAAUGAGCCCAUCCCUCAUGAAACAAGAACCGGAAGAAAAUCCCAGCUUGGAAACUUUUAAAGGUAUCGAGGUGAAAUAUGAAGAGGUGAAGAGGAAAUGUGAAGAAGUGAUGGUGAAGAGCGAAGAAGUGAAGGUAAAAUGUGAAGAUGAAGAUUCAACUCCAAAAUCGGAUCUUCACAUCGAUGGAGGCAACGUGAAGCAGGAGGAGAAUUCUGACUGUGAGACAGAGCGAGGCAACUCCCAGCAGUUUGUGGAAGUGGAGGUGUGGGUGGACUUCCUCUGAGACAAUACAAAGUCAAAUGGAGACCCGGUAGAUGUGUAAGCUUCAGACGAUGCCACUCCAAUAGACGCACCUUUGUCACAGGCCUUUAAUGACAAGAAUGUGAAGUUGAACACUCAGUUCCUAGGUUCAACCUGCAGGGUAAGAGCGGCCAUCUUUGUGGACCUGUGUGUUGGGUAGAUCUCUAACCAGGAGCGAGAGCCAAUAAGCUCCCAAGCAUUCACUAUGUUAUGAAUUGCAUUUAUGUUGUGCUUGCUUAAUUGCCUCGGCAUUUCAGAGUUUUGUAUCGUAUCUCAUUUCUAACACUCGAAGAGCAUCCCCAAGUAGCAGCUGCCCCUGUGUGGCACAAGGUGGUGGCCCUGCACUGGCCUGCAUGUGGACAAGAGCCUAUCAGUAGGGGCGAUGGUUGAUGUGACAUCUCAGUUGUGGAGUUUGUAGGUGAUGUUUAGAAUUUGCUAAAUUUUUACCCAGAUGCCAGCAUGCAAUGGCCGACUGGUUUUGAAUGGUGCAUUCGUAUGUUGUACAUACAAUGUUAAGCAGAUGGUGCGUAUUUUUAAAAAUUAGCUUCUUGUUAAUAGGCUGUAACCUAAUGCAGUAUAUUUCGGUGCAGUAAUUCAAUUUUGUUCAUAUGCCUGUCAAUAAUUUAGAAUGAAUACUUGUCUGAUGGUGUGCGUACAUGUAACAUUUUGUUCAUAAGGGUCAAACAUUUAUUAAGUGAUGUUAGGACAAAGUGUUUGUUUUGCAAGUAACCUGUACAGAUAACUCAGGUGAGACCCGUUGUUCUUGUGAUACAGGUCAAAGGGUAUUUUUGUGUUUUCAGGAAACAUCUCUCUCUGGAGCAACUCAUUGUCUUUGAAAUAGGAAGCACACUCGGAUCAUUCAUCAGUUAUAAGGCAUACCACUCAAAAGUUACACGUAGAGAAGAUACAUUCUCUACAACACGAAUUCUAAUUUUGUAUUGUUGACGUAGAUUGUCGAAUUAGGACGAGAAAUGGUCCAUGCUGAUUAACGUCUGGAUGUUGGCAACCACGGGUUGAAGCAAGCCUGACCGCCUGCAGUGCCCCUCACAACCAUUUACGGCCUUGGGCCAGGAAAGUCACAAAAAAAACGACGCAUCCACGCAAGCUCCUGAUGCUUCGUUUUGAAGUUUUAAAAUGAAACAACUUUGAAUUGUAUAUUGUUUUGCAUUUGAUAAUUGCAUUAAUUAAAAGCUGAUAUCAUUUUACAUUUGGAAGCUUAUUAAUUGAAAACGACAUUUGGUGUGAAUUUUCUCGUCGUUAAGUAGAUGGCCUUGCCGGGGGUUCGGUUCGAUGCGGAAUUUCACCUGGUUGGGAUCGCGGGAUCGAGAUGAGGCGACACAGAGCUGGCCGUGCGAGAAGACCGCCGUCUGCAGAUCGAUUCCAACGCGAUCGAACGUCUGUCCCUGCGCCUCCGUCGUUCAUGCAGGGGACGCGUAGGUUUGCAGCGCCCCCUGCAUGAAAACGACGAAAAGUGCAGCGUUAGUCACAGAUAAAGUUGUGCGCUUAUAUAAAAGAGUAUCGCCAGUGGGUUUUCAAAGUACCUUCGUCUUACAGAUAUCUAUUUCUCGUGAGCCCACCGCAUUAAAACAAUGCUCAGCUGAGCGAGGCGAGCCCCGGGGUAGGGAGUAGCUCACGUGACUUCUGCCGUGACAAUGUCUGGAUGUUUUCACCUGAGGAGGACCGCUCGUGUUGCGAUCGAAGCGUCGUGAUUUAUUUUAUUUUUUCUACCUA